AUGGCCUCUGCUGCAGUCCAGCUUCCCACCGGUCCCGAUUCAUCUCUCCUCACGCAAAAGUCCCAGGCGCCCAUCCAGACCUCCGAUAAGCCGCACCACGUUCAGACGACCCUGCAUUUCAUCAAGGAGGUGCCGGACGGUUCGCAUCUCGCCCCGAGCUACGUCGGGAAGCCAGAGACCUAUGAACGCCCGUCGGUGGAAGUCCCGGUGACAGUUCACGAUGUCAGCGGCCGUGAGCUGGACUAUACGCUGGACGGUAAUGGGUUCCAGUUCUACUACCACGAGAGCAAGGAGAAGGACUUUGUCGACGACGAGAAGAUCAAAAGGGAGUACUAUCCCGAGGUAGAGCAGCUUUUGAAGGAUGCCACCGGCGCCUCGAAGGUCUUCAUCUUUGACCACACCAUCCGUCGUCCGGCCGAGAACCCCGAUACCCCCGCGGAACAGCUGCGAGGACCUGUGCAGCGUGUGCAUAUCGAUCAAUCCUACAGCGCGUCGCGGAACCGUGUCACGUAUCAUCUUCCCGAGGAGGCCCCCGAGCUCCUCAAGGGACGGUUCCAGAUCAUCAACGUCUGGCGUCCCAUCAAGACCAUCUUGAAGGAUCCCCUGGCCGUGGCCGAUGCGCACUCGGUACCCGACAGCGACAUCAUUCCCGUCAAGUUGAUCUAUCCUAACCGGGAGGGCGAGACUUGUUCCGUCCGGCCGAAUCCCGACAUCAAAUGGUACUACCGCUACGGGCAAACCCCCGACCUCGUCACUUUGAUCAAGUGUGCGGACUCGAAGACCGACGGUCGGGCGAGACGAGUUCCUCACACGGCGUUUGUGAACCCGGAUACAGUGAACGAGGAUCCGAGGCAGAGUAUCGAGGUGCGCACGCUGGUCUUCCAUCCAGAUGAUCGCGACUGA